CUUCCGGGGGAAGAAGUGCCUAGUGAUCUGGGCGGGAAGCGAGGCGAGGCGGCGGGCGCCAUGGCGGUGCUGCUGGAGACCACUCUGGGGGACCUGGUGGUGGACUUGUACGCCGAGGAGAGGCCCAGAGCAUGUCUAAAUUUUCUGAAGCUAUGCAAGAUCAAGUACUACAAUUACUGCCUUAUACAUAACAUACAGAGAGACUUUAUUGUACAAACUGGAGACCCACAGGGAACUGGCCGUGGAGGUGAAUCCAUCUUUUGCAAAUUGUAUGGGGACCAAGCUGAUUUUUUUGAAGCAGAAAAAGUGCCAAGAAUUAAACACAAGAAAAAAGGGACAGUGUCAAUGGUGAACAAUGGCAGUGACCAGCACGGAUCUCAGUUUCUUAUUACUACAGGUGAAAACUUAGAUUACCUAGAUGGCGUGCAUACAGUGUUUGGUGAAGUAACAGAAGGCAUGGAUGUCUUGAUGAAAAUUAAUGAGGCCUUCGUUGACAAGGAUUUCGUUCCCUAUCAAGACAUCAGAGUAAACCAUACAGUGAUCUUAGAUGAUCCAUUUGAUGAUCCCCCUGGCUUGACAAUACCAGAUCAUUCACCAGAGCCUACAAAGGAACAGUUGGAUAGUGGAAGAAUAGGAGCUGAUGAGGAACUUGAUGACUUCAAAGGAAGGUCUGUUGAUGAAGUGGAAGAAAUUCUAGCAGAGAAAGAGGCAAAAACACAAGCUAUUCUUUUAGAAAUGGUUGGAGACUUGCCCGAUGCAGAUAUCAAACCACCAGAAAAUGUUCUUUUUGUCUGUAAACUUAAUCCUGUAACAACCGAUGAAGAUCUUGAAAUUAUAUUUUCCCGGUUUGGGUCAAUAAAAAGUUGUGAAGUAAUUCGAGAUUGGAAAACGGGUGAAUCCCUCUGCUAUGCAUUCAUUGAAUUUGAGAAGGAGGAAGACUGUGAGAAAGCUUACUUUAAGAUGGAUAAUGUAUUAAUAGAUGACAGGAGAAUACAUGUGGAUUUUAGCCAAUCGGUUGCAAAGAUUAAAUGGAAAGGAAAAGGUGGGAAGUACACAAAAGAUGAUUUCAAAGAAUAUGAAAAAGAUUGUGACAAAACUUCUAAACUGAGUCUCAAGGAGAAGGCGAAGCCUAAACAAGACUCAAAAUAUGACCUUAUAUUGGAAGAAGCAGAGCCAGAAGCCAAAACAAGUCAUAGGCACUCUGACAAGAAGAGGAAGAAACACCACCAUUCAGAUGACAAUGAUGAGGGGGAGAAAAGGACCAAAAAAUCAAAGGAUCCUGAUCGGAGGCACAAGGAAGAAAGCAGUAGAGAGAAAAGAAAAAGUGACAAGCGAGAGAGACAUCGGAGCCGUAGUCGUAGCCAGUCACGGAACAGAGACAACCGCUAUAAGAAGUCCAAAGAUAAACAUCAUGAGGAGCCUUGGGAACGAGAACAUGAGGAAAGGAGGAAAUCCAGAAGCCCUAAGAAGACCAGAGAGAAGGACAAAUCCAAAUACAGAUGAAAGGGAAUAAAGAAACUCUUCCCUAGUAUUUCUCUGACAUAUAGCCCCCCCAAAGACUUCAGGUUCUGUCUUCUGAUGACAUUUCCUUCUCAGGCUCAUAGGAGGACAUCUUAUUGUGUGGAGGCUAAUAGAAUUUGAAGUUUAAAAAAUCUUGUUUUUCAUUUUUUUUCAUUUGAGUUAUAGCAAGUUACAGAGUCAAGGAAUUCAAGUCCCUACUUGAACAGUGAUGAGAAAUUUGCAGUGUUCUGGUUAUUAUAGCUGUCACUCAUCACUACCACCAAAAAGGAAUCUUACCUAAUGUCAGCCUUUAAUUGUAGAAGGCAUUGAAUUGACCUGUUUACUCUAAGGCAUGAUGAAUUUCCUAUUCUGUCAUCAUAUGCAGAGGAAACUGCAUUUAACUAAAGAGUAUCCAGUAAGGUAUACUUAUUUUGAUAUAGGAAAUUACUGCCAUCUGGAUCUUUCCAUUGUUUGCAUGCAUAUUGAAAAAGCUAUGUGCAUCCAUCAUAGCACAGAGAAUGCAUAGAGAGGGUACAUUAGAUUUCCUGUCCAGAAAUGAUAACCAAGUAUAAAGUGGUUCUACAUUGUUUUGCUAUUGUGGGCCCUUCUAGUAAAGGCAGUCCUUCAUAAUAUAAAAUUUGUAACUCAGACAUAUGCCCAUGUAUUUGCUAUAUCUCUCAGUUCUUAGUGGAAUAGUUUUCUGUAUUUUUAAAGAGGUAUUCUCACUUCAUAUUUAUUGCAGGGCAAAUAAUAACUCCAAGCAAAGUCUAGAUGCGAAUAGAAGUUUCACUGGGAUUUUGCACUGCAUCUAAAAAGUCCCAGUUGACGUGCUGUAAUGCAUAUGAACUGGGAAAGUACAACAAAAAACAAAACAAAACAGCAUGGUAAAAAUAUCUCACAAAGUAUGUUUUGUAACAAUAUAAAUGCUUAAUAAAAAAAAACAGGCCAACAUAGGAAUAUACAUUAGCAUAUGGCUUUUUAGCUUGCUGCUAAUACUUUCAAAAUCUAACUAUACCCAUCCAUUGAUAGAAACUUAGAAUCAAAAAGCAAGACUCUGUGUUGAACGAGCUGAUUUCUGAAAGCAGACAGUAUACCAGCAGAAAAGGAAAUGCUUAUUUAAACCACAACCCUACAUAUGAAAUACUGCAGGAAUGGACUGACAUCAGUUUGCUGCAUCUCCAGAUGUUUUGAGUAGACACCAUAUGAUCCACUUGUUAACAUGUGAAAACUACAAAGCAAUAAUAUAUACGCAAGUUCUCCCAAAAGUUGUGUUAAAUGAUUUUAGCUAUUUAUUUUUGUGUUAAGGACAUCCUUUCCAGAUACUAGUAACUGGCAAGUGAUUUUUGCCUGUGCUUGAAAUACUGUGUUUUAUACAAUACUGAGAAAGGGUUGUUGCCAUUUUUGUGAAAAGUGCUUCCUUUGUUUUUCAUCUGAAAGUCCUUCCAUAUGAUUUCAUGUUUUGCAGAUUAUUCUUUCUUAAUAAAGAACUGGGUGAAAGGAAAA